CGCCGCUCCACUCCCCCGGACCGUCCGCUCACUUCACGCCGCUCUGAGGGCUCUCUCCCCCGGGUCACUGCAGACUCUUCGCCCGUGGAAAUGCUGCGCCCGGACCCGUGAGGACCCGUUAAUAUGAACUUAUGUGGAUUAUGUUUGCUGCUGUCUGUGGAAGUGUGCUGGCUCACGGUGAAAGUGGACGCGUCCUGGUGGUUCAUGGGGUCGCUGGGCUCUCGGCUGGUCUGUGAUCACGUUCCGGGUUUGGUGAACAGACAGAGGCAGAUGUGUCGACAGUUCCCGGGCGUGAUGAAGGUGAUCGGAGCCGGAGUGAGCGACUGGAUCCAGGAAUGUCAGCACCAGUUCAGGACAAACCGCUGGAACUGCAAUACCACUAACGACCACAACCUGUUCGGGAGGCUGCUGCUGCGCGGGUCUCGUGAGGUGGCCUUCCUCUACUCCAUCUCCUCCGCGGGGGUGGUGCACUCUGUGGCGCGCGCCUGCAGCCAGGGGUCGCUGGACUCGUGCUCCUGUGACCCCGGUAAGAAGGGUCGUUCCCGUGAUGACAGGGGCGUGUUCGACUGGGGCGGCUGCUCGGAUCACGUGGACCACGCAGUGAAGUUCAGCCAGAUGUUUGUAGACGAGCGAGAGAGGAGACAGAGAGACGCUCGAGCCGCAAUGAAUCUGCACAACAACAGAGCCGGACGAAAGGCCGUGCGGCGCUUCCUGUCUCUGCAGUGUAAAUGUCAUGGCGUCAGUGGCUCGUGCACACUCAGGACCUGUUGGCUCGCACUCUCAGACUUCAGACGAACCGGGGACCACCUCAUGAGAAAGUACAGACGCGCCGUGCACCUGUCAAUCAACCAGGACUCCUCCGCAGGGUCUCCCACAGGCCAACGCAGGGGCCAGGAACUCAGGAGGCCCAGCAAACAUGACCUGGUGUAUCUGGAGGAGAGUCCAGACUACUGCGUACGUGACACAGAGUCAGGUUCUCUGGGCACUGCUGGGCGUGUGUGUAACCGUACGUCCCGUGGCGUGGAGGGCUGUGAUGUCAUGUGCUGUGGGCGCGGCUACGACACGGCGAGGGUUCGGCUCCGGUCCAAAUGCGAGUGUAAGUUUCACUGGUGCUGCUCUGUGCUGUGCCAGGACUGUGACCACGAGGAGGACAUGCACUUUUGUAAAGGACACACGUGACAUAAAACUACAAUACAACAAAAUAUACAGAGAUGUGCUCAAUGAAGAUGAACCAGCAAGAAACACAUCUGUAUCGACCAAAACUCACCUGUGUACGCCAAAUAUACAUGGGUCAAAAGUAUGGAAAAUCAGACACUAAUCAAUACUAAAACUAGUAUCAAAUCUAGAUCCUCAUUUGAUCAGUAUUGAUACUAAAAAAGUCACAUUCACAGGACAGAAAUGAACCUUUCCUGAAUAUCUUUAGAAUGAUGUUGAGCUGUAUCUUUCACAAUUAUAAGACACAUAGACUAGUGUACACCCAUGGACCACUAUGAACCUACUGGACACUGAGGGAGUACACAGAUAUAAGGACACAUGGGAAUAGAAAAAAAGUACUACAAUUUAAUGCUGAAAAUCACAUUCUAUUGUCUAAAUAAAAAAAAACACUUAUUAUCAUCAUGGUGUCGGUAUCGAGUCUAUUCCUAUCGAAAUACUUUGAAAUUUUAAUAUUGUGACAGCACUACAUCAAUAUUCAAAAAUACUGUGAACUGUCAGGGCCAUAGACCAAAAUCUUGGUUAAAGGCAGAGGUGGGAGAGUAGCCAAAAAUUGAGAAUCAAGAAUAAUGUUUAAAUUAAUAUUACUUUAGUAGAAGUACAAAGUAGUGGUCUAAGAAAUUAGUCAAGUAAGCAUAAAAAAAGUAUUUUAGGAAAAAUACUAAAAGUAAGAGUAACUUAAAGAGUAACAGUCGAGAUGUAACACAUGAUUUAUAAUUUGAAGUUAAUGUAAUUUGAAGGACUAAACAGUAAAUAAUGCUCAAAAUGUGGUAUUUUCAAAGGGUAGGAACAAAAAUGAGACAAACUAAAUCAUGUCUGAAGGAGCUGCAAGAAACAAAUGUUGAGAUCAUUUCAUAAAGCUCACAGUGAGAAGAGGAACAACAACUUUUACUCAAGUAAGAGUACCGUUACACUGUACUAUAUAUUACUCAAGUAGAAGUACAAAGUAGUGGUCCAAGAAAUUACCAAGUAAAAGUAAAAAAGUAUUUGAGAAAAGUACUAGUCAAGAGUACCGUUACUUCAAUAGAAAUAUUACGUAGGAGUAAAAGUAUGCUACUAGAAACGUACUCUAAAAAGUACAAUUCCUUUAAAAAGUUACUCGAGUAAAUGUAACUGAGUACUACCCACCUCUGGCUAAAGUCUCUGUACCUAAUUUUUACUGUUCUAAAAAUGUGAAAAACAGAACUAGUUCAUUUUAAAAGGUUUGCAGUGGUCCAAAGUUAUUCCUCACUUA